UAUUAAUAUUCCCACCAAAUAAAAUGGUGUCUUUUUGUAGAUGAGAAUAGUUUCCCUUAUUAAACAUGGCGGCUCCUUCCCAAAGGUUUAAAGCGUGCUUUGGAGAGGGGUGAGUGAGAGCUGGAGUCUGCCAGGCAGUCAUGGAAGAUGUGGACUUUGUGCAGUGAUAGUUACUAAAGCCACAAUUCGGUGUUCCCAUAACAGCUUCUGGUACUUACUUUUUACUAGUUAUUAAAUAACCCUGGCACUUACCUGAACUAGUUAUUAAAUGGUCCUCGCACUUACCUGAACUAGUUAUUAAAUGACCCUGGCACUUACCUGAACUAGUUAUUAAAGAUCCUGGCACUUACCUGUACUAGUUAUUAAAUGGUCCUGACACUUACCUGAACUAGUUAUUAAAUGACCCUGGCACUUACCUGUACUAGUUAUUAAAUGGUCCUGGCACUUACCUUUAAUAGUUAUUAAAUGGUCCUGGCACUUACCUGUACUAGUUAUUAAAUGGUCCUGGCACUUACCUUUACUAGUUAUUAAAUAACCCUGGCACUUACCUGAACUAGUUAUUAAAUGGUCCUCGCACUUACCUGAACUAGUUAUUAAAUGUCCUGGCACUUACCUGAACUAGUUAUUAAAUGAUCCUGGCACUUACCUGUACUAGUUAUUAAAUGGUCCUGACACUUACCUGAACUAGUUAUUAAAUGACCCUGGCACUUACCUGUACUAGUUAUUAAAUGGUCCUGGCACUUACCUUUAAUAGUUAUUAAAUGGUCCUGGCACUUACCUGUACUAGUUAUUAAAUGGUCCUGGCACUUACCUUUAAUAGUUAUUAAAUAACCCUGGCACUUACCUGUACUAGUUAUUAAAAGAUCCUGGCACUUACCUGUACUAGUUAAUAAAUGGUCCUGGUACUUACCUGGACUAGUUAUUAAAUGGUCCUGGCACUUACCUUUAGUUAUUAAAUGGUCCUGGCACUUACCUGUACUAGUUAUUAAAAGAUCCUGGCACUUACCUGUACUAGUUAAUAAAUGGUCCUGGUACUUACCUGUACUAGUUAUUAAAUGGUCCUGGCACUUACCUGAACUAGGUAUUACAUGGUUAUGAUACUUACCUGCACUAGGUAUUAAAUUAUAUAGUCACUUACCUUUACUAUUUAUUAAAUGAUUCAGACCCUUACCUGUACAAGCUACAUUAAAUGAUCAUAACACUCACUUGUAUUAGUAAAUAGUAAAUGAACAUGGCACUAACCUGUACUAGAUGUUAAAUGAUCCUGGCACUCACAAGGACCAGAUAUUUAAUUACCUGGCAUUCGUGUAUAUUCUAUAUUAAAUAGUCUUGGCACUCACUUUGGUCCUGCAAUCACCUAUACUAUGUAUUAAAUGCACUUGGCACUCACCUAUACUAUGUAUUAAAUGGUCCUGGCACUCACCUGUACUAUUAUUAAAUGGUCCUAGCACUCACCUAUACUAUGUAUUAAAUGGUCCUGGCACUCACCUAUACUAUGUAUUAAAUGGUCCUGGCACUCACCUGUACUAUGUAUUAAAGAGUCCUGGCACUCACCUGUACUAUGUAUUAAAUGGUCCUAGCACUCACCUGUACUAUGUAUUAAAUGGUCCUGGCACUCACCUGUACUAUUAUUAAAUGGUCCUGGCACUCACCUAUACUAUGUAUUAAAUGGUCCUAGCACUCACCUAUACUAUGUAUGAAAUGGUCCUGGCACUCACCUAUACUAUGUAUGAAAUGGUCCUGGCACUCACCUAUACUAUGUAUGAAAUGGUCCUGGCACUCACCUAUACUAUGUAUUAAAUGGUCCUGGCACUCACCUGUACUAUGUAUUAAAGAGUCCUAGCACGCACCUGUACUAUGUAUUAAAUGGUCCUGGCACUCACCUAUACUAUGUAUUAAAUGGUCCUGGCACUCACCUGUACUAUGUAUUAAAUGGUCCUGGCACUCACCUGUACUAUGUAUUAAAUGGUCCUGGCACUCACCUGUACUAUGUAUUAAAGAGUCCUAGCACGCACCUGUACUAUGUAUUAAAGAGUCCUAGCACGCACCUGUACUAUGUAUUAGAUGCAUCUGGCACUCACCUGUGCUAUAUAUUAAAUGGUGCUGGCACUUACCUGUACUAUGUAUAAAACUUAUGCUAGAUGAUAAGAUUUUCUCGAGCUUAUCUAUAACAGGUAUUAAAUGGUUCUGUCACUUGCCUGUAUGUGGAGUCAAAUUUUUUUUUCAAGCACUUUAAAAACCUACAGCAUGACACAGUUGUCCGUCCAUCUUUGGUGGCAGUGAUAGGCUGAAAGUUCUGUGGGCUGUGGGAGGUCCACAUCGGCAUUGGACAAGCUACCAUAGAUUUUAAAUCACUCUAUAGAAACCUACAGCAUUUCACUUCUGCUGCGGCCCAGCUUAUGUAGAAUUGUCUGUCCAUCUCUAAGUGACUGUGAUAGGCUGAAGGUUCUGUGGCCAAUGAGAGGAGCACUUCGGUGCCAAGUGCAAGGAGAAGCCUUGUUUGAUUCAAACUGGCGGGACAUUGCUGUAACAGAACUGUCUGUAUAUGGAUUACAAUUAUUUUCAGUCAACGUAACAAUUGGUGGCAAGCGACGGGAUGGUUCUCACAGCCCAGAAGGUCAGCUACACAACUCAGACUGAUGGAAGUACUUUAUGAGAGACUGAAACGUGCCACUCUCAAGGAUAUAUUGGAACACAGAGGACGACCAGCAAGCAACUUGAGAAAAAGAGAGAUUAUUGCACAGCUGGUCGAGAUGGACGGAGCGCAAGGAGCUAACGUGCCCAGCAUUAUGGACCUGACACCCGAGGAAAUAAGCUUCCACCGGGCAGUCCAGAUCAGGCUGGCACACUUUGGCCCCAACCCUACACCGGAUAUUAUUGAGCAGGUCCAAGCAGCCGUGAUAGCAAACCAGGCACUCCAGCAAAGAGGUGCUGCAGCAGCAGAGGUACCUAACAACCAUGGUAAGAGAAAAGAACACUUUGCUGCAUUUAAAAACUUUGUGGAAGCUGAGGGGGAGAUCGAUGAGUAUCUGGUAAACUUUGAAAGACAGUGUGCCCUACACCAGGUACCCGCAGAAGAGUGGGUCACUAUUCUCUCUGGGAAACUAUCCGGCCGGGCAAGCGAAGCCUUCCGAGCCAUCCCAGAUGAGGAGAUUACCAGCUACCCAGCCGUGAAAGAAGCUCUCUUAGCCAGGUAUGCUGUCACCCCAGAGGCGUACCGGCGGAGGUUCUGGGACAUUAACAAAUUGAGUGGGGAUUCAUAUACCGAGUGGGCAUGCCGUAUCAACCGCACGGCCGCCCACUGGGUUGCUGGAUGCCAGGCGAUAUCCGGAGAGGAGGUUCUGCAGCUGUUCAUGCUGGAACAUUUCUAUGAAAGACUGUCUGCAGGGGUAAGAGAAUGGGUCCGGGACAGAAAGCCGCUGACGAAUACUCUGAUGCCCGCAAGCUGGAUAACCCGGUGCCCAAAGCUGCCCCUCGCCCGGGGUACAUGCCAGUGCCCGCAUCCCCGGCACCGGUAUACCGACCUCAAGCACCCCCUCCAGCAAGCCAACAACCACCGAGGUACAAUCCACAAAAUUUCUUCCAGCACAUAAAAUGCCAUGGUUGUCACCAGAUGGGACAUCGCAAGGUGGACUGUCCCCUAGCUCCAGCCAGUCAGUCCCAGUCCUGGAGGGGACCAGCAUGGGGGGGAACCCCUUCCAGCAGUAACGGCUGCCCAUUGUGUUGAGGAGGAAGAGUGCAUGAGGCUGACCCAGUGCAAGCAGCUAGCCCAGAUAACCGGCAACAGCAUUGCCAGACGGUCAAGGUGAAUGGCAAAGCAGCAACCGGAUUGAGAGACACCGGUGCUACUAUGACUCUGUUGCAGAAGGACCUUGUCCCAGAGAAUCAGCACACUGGGUACACCGUGUCCGUACGGGUAGCCGGAGGUACCGUUUUUAGGCUACCUGUGGCCCGGGUUCAGCUGGACUGGGGGGUGGCCUCUAGACAUGUUCAUGUGGGGGUUAUGAAAGACUUGCCUGCAGACGUCUUAUUGGGGAAUGAUUUGGCCCCCCUUGUGUCCGCUUAUGCCCCGACGGGCCACGCUGAAGCCCACCCUGUGACCACCCGUGCCCAGACCCGUGCUGCCGGAGCCGACUCACCUGCUGCUGAGACCCAGGUAAGACUCUCUCCCCCGACAGGUACUGUGGGCCCCCUUAGGUUGGGAUACCCCCUAGACCUUUGGGAGGGAAACCCGGGAGGACCCGACUUUAUCCAUGUAUAGGGCUAAGGCAGAUUCCGGGGAAGAGGAGGUAGACGGGGAGCGCUAUGAGUGGGUGGGGGAUAGACUGUAUAGGGUCCCUAAGCCGUCCCAGAAAAGUAAAGCCCAUUCGCAGAAACGUCAGCUGGUGGUGCCCCAGAAAUACCGGCUGGAGAUUCUGCGAAUUGGGCAUGAUGUGCCAUUAGCCAGACAUCUAGGGUCCCGUCGCACAGGACAUAGGAUUACUCAGAACUUCUUCUGGCCACAUUUUAACCAGGCUGUGCGACAGUAUUGUAGGAUGUGUGACACAUGUCAACGGGUAGGAAAGCGGGGGGACCACGCAAAAGCUAGGCUUAUGUCAAUGCCUAUCAUUGGGGAGCCCUUUUCCCGCAUAGCUGUCGACAUUGUGGGUCCACUGGCCAGGGCUAGUCCAUCCGGAAAGAAAUAUAUUCUCACCGUGGUGGACUAUGCCACCCGUUAUCCAGAGGCAGUAGUGCUGUCUAAUAUAGAGGCAGAGACAGUAGCUGAUGCCCUGGUUAAGAUUUUUACCCGGGUUGGGUUCCCUAAAGAGAUUCUCUCCGACCCAAUUUACUGCUGUGCUCACCCAGCAGCUGUGGAAGGUGUGCAGCAUUAAACCCCUGCUUAGUUCCCCUUACUACCCACAGACGAUCUCUGUGAGUGCUUUAACGGGACCCUCAAGCAGAUGCUGAGGACCUUUACUGACGCUUGCAGAGACUGUUAGCGAUUCCUGCCUCAUCUGUUACUUGCGUACAGAGAGAUGCCCCAGGAAUCUACUGGGUUCUCCCUCUUUGAGUUACUCUAUGGGAGAAGGGUCUGUGGACCCCUAGAUCUCAUUAGAGGGCACUGGGAGGGAGAGACAGAGCAGGAAGGGACCCCCAUCGUGCCAUGUGUUCUGGAACUCAGGGACUGCAUGAAUAAACUGCCUCUGAUGGUAAGAGAGAAUCUCCAGACAGCCCAGGGGAGACAGAAGAGGUGGUAUGAUCGGGGUGCCCGGCAGCAGAUCUUCCAGGUUGGGCAGAAGGUUUUAGUGCUCAAACCUGUGAAGACAGACAAGAUGCAAGCAUCUUGGCAGGGCCUGUACAAGGUAGUAGCCCAGGUAUGUGACACUACCUAUGUCGUUGCCAGCUGUGCAGAUGAAAGGAUCCAGCGAUCCUUUCAUGUGAACAUGCUGAAAGAGUAUCAGGAGAGACAGGAGGAUGUCGCUGCAGUGUGUGCCCCAGCUGCAGAAUACUCAGAGGGGUUACCUCUACCUGACUUACUGGAAAGGGACCCCCAGACUGACUUGACGACCCUUGUACGGCUAGGGGACGGGUUAAGCCAUGCGGAAAAGGAACAGGCUCAGAGGCUGCUGUGGGAGAAACAGGCGACUUUCUCCCAAGAGCCGGGCUAUACAACCCUGGCUGUACAUAAGGUAGAGACUCUUGGACAGACUCCCCUGCGACAGCCCCUUUACCGUACCCCUGAAGCAGUCCGAGAAGGAAUGCAGAAGGAGAUGACCCAGCUAGGGGUCAUUGAGCCCUCCAAUCGUCCUUGGGCCUUCCUUGUGGUCCUGGUGCCCAAGAAAGAUUGGACUACCUGGUUCUGUGUGGACUACAGAUGACUCAAUGAGAAGACCACCACUGAUGCCUACCCGAUGCCCCGGGUAUAUGAAUUACUAGAUCGGAUCGCUAGGGGGCGCUAUCUGACUACCAUAGACCUGUGUAAGGGCUAUUGGAAGAUUCCCCUGGCCGAGGAUGCUAUCCCCAAGUCUUCCUCCAUCACCCCGUUUGGCUUUGCCAAUUUAGGGUCAUGCCAUUCGGGAUGAAGAAUGCCCCGGCUACCUUUCAGCCUAUGGUGGAUAGACUACUCAAUGGCUUCCAGGAAUUUACUUGUGCAUAUCUGGACGACAGUGGGUCUUGGGAGGAGCAUUUGAUACACAUAGGGGUAGUUCUGGACAAGAUUUGGGCCGCUGCCCUGACCUUGAAGCCAGACAAGUGCCAUCUAGGCAUGAAUGAAGUGCAAUACCUGGGUCACAGAGUGGGGUAUCGAAACCAGAGACCAGAGCCAGCCAAGGUAGAGGCAGUGGCUAACUGUCCCACACAUAUCACUAUGACCCAGGUACUAGCCUUCUUGAGGACGGCAGGGUAUUAUAGACGUUUUGUCCCUGAUUACAGCGCCAUAGCUAAGCCCCUGACUAAGAAAAACUUACCUAAGCAGGUCCUGUGGUCUCCAGCUUGUGAAGCCGCGUUCCAGGCACUAAAGCAGUCUUGGCUGCCCCAGUCCCUAACAAACGUUUUCUUGUUCAUACAGAUGCUUCCAUGUAUGGCCUGGGGGCUGUGCUGAGCCAAGUCGGGGAGGAUGGAGGAGAGCACCCUGUCGCAUACUUAAGCAGGAAACUACUACCCAGGGAAGUGAGCUAUGCAGCAGUGGCGAAAGAGUGUCUAGCCCUGGUCUGGGCACUGAAAAUGUUAACCCCUUAUCUGUACGGGUCUGGCUUAACUGGGUCUCAGGAGACAAUGGCAGGUUGCUACGGUGGAGUCAGGCCCUGCAACCUUACAAUUUUACUAUCAGUUAUAGACCUGGUAAACAGAAUGGCAAUGCUGAUGGGUUGUCCCGGCAAACAGACAUCACUCCGGCACCCGAGUUCCGGACAUCCCUAAGUUGACCCGAGAAGGGUCAAGCCGGGUCUGGCGGAGUGUCCCACAAGGAGGGAGAUGUGCGACAGAACUGUCUGUAUAUGGAUUACAAUUAUUUUCCCUCCAUUCGUCUGUUCGGUUUAUUUCGCUGCCUGUACAGUCCCUAUGUGUUCCCCUGUUAAACUACCAAAAGCCGCACGAAGGUGCGAACACCGGGAAGCUGGCGUGUACCUUCAAUUGAUCUCCCUGCAGCUAGCGUGGGCCGUCAAUUAACCACCCAGUAGCUGCGGUUAACCGCAGUUUAAUUGACAGUUCCCGGGUGGUCGCGGUUACACCUAGCUGCCACACGAUGGCGGUGUUCUACAGUCUCCGGCACAACCAGCAGUGCUCAGCCCGGACUUAGUGGGCUGAAAGCGGACACUUUCACUCACCAAACACUGCUGAACCUCCAGCCUUCCUUGAUUUCCUCGCCAGUUAUUCAACCGAACGCCGGCUUUCAGGACUUUGUAUUAUAUGAAUGAGGGUACCCAGAUAGCAUGCUAUGGAGCCUGUUUGUGUAAUUAAAGACUUUGGCUCCAUGGCAAUUAAACUGUAUUUGUGAGGUCUGAGCACUAUUCUGUAUUAAUGUGCGCUCAGACCUGAGCUAUCUGGGGAUAUGUUACAUGUGUAUAAUUGUUGCAUUAUUGGUCACAUCGUAUAUUUUAUUGCCUUUUUCUGUAUCAUUGUCUCCACGUGUGUAAUGGCGAUUUGCCUCUGUCCUGGGAGAUAAUUGGGUUAUUUCCCAAUUAUCUCUCGGACAGAGAGGGAGGAGUUGUGGUGCAUUGUGGGGAUAUUUUGUAUCUGUGUGUCAGAAUUUGCUACGUGUCUGUCCCUUGUAACAGUCUCCCAGCUGGUCCUUUUAGGGGAGUGUCCACCAGGAGGGGGACCUGCAUAAAUACUGGGCAGGUAGCCCUCAAUAAACCAGAAUCCUGUUUUACCCUCAAUACGGAGCUUGGUCUCGUAAUUGGGGGGAUUUACUGUACGCGGUUAAAGACUGAUUGCUGGGAAUGUAAGCCGCUUGGAUGCUGUGUCUGCUCGUCUGUUAGCAGCUAUUCGUGGGAUUACCGUUCGGGAGUUUGGAGCAUUCCCCUGGGUCCAGUUCGGGAGUUUGGGGUCUUACAGUAGCUGUGCCUGUACCUCCGCAAAAGGGAAGCGCUACUAAACGGUGGUUUAACCCCUUUAGGCCGGGAGAGCCAUAAGAAUUGCCCACAGACCCUUUGCCUCAUAAUUGCUUCAAUGAGCUGUACUGGCAAUGACCUCUAUUGGUAUUAAAAAGAUACUUGUACUGUCCUAUGUUAGCAAUACAAUAUUUGCUGUACUAUUCUUGGUGAACUUUUAAGGCUCUGGUAUUUUUCAGAUGAUGGUUUUAAAAAAACAAAACCAAAACCUACUCUCCUCUGCUGGAAUUAUAGUCUGUUAUUUGGGGAUGGGGUACUGUUUUAAGAUCCUAUGUUUGGUUUAAAAGUGGUACCAGUAUUUUACAGUGGCUCUAUUGUUGGCAAGGUUCUUGCAUUUUUAAAACUUUUCCUUCCCUUUACCUCACCUCCUCCAAGCUGACUUGUCUGUUUAGAAUUAGAUGCAGGUAAUCAGGGGAGAAAGUCUACUAAACUAACAAUUUAUUAGAUAUAGAUGUAUUUCUUCUUCUUUUUUUUUUUUUUUUGCAUAUUUACUUUGUGGGUAUAUGGGGGGGGGAAACGGCUUGCAAAAGCUGCAGAGUUUUUUCUGCAGCCUUUGAAUGCCCUCCCCUCUUUCCCUCAACACAUGCUUUUAAUUUGUGCAUUGAAUACAGCAUUCAGAGCCAGCUAAAGUUCUUUGUCUGGAGUGUCCCUUGAAGUUCCCACUCCUUGACCAUACGUGGCUUUACCUGGCAGGAGGAGUUGUUGAUACCCCCCAGCUGUCCCAUGUCCAACAGGACGAUCCCAAUUGAAGGGACUUGUUCAUCCGUUCCUGGUUGUUUCCUGGUGACCCGCAUUUAGGCACACCAGUGCUAAUUUUGGCCGCAAAUUUCCAUUUAGUUUUAGUCAUAGUCUUUUUGACCAAAAAGACGUUUUAGUCAUCUGAAUUGUUUUAGUCGACUAAAUCUCCUGUAUAUUUUAGUCGACAUGACUAAAACCUACUAGGUUUAGUUAAAGCCUCAAUCUGUCUUUUUUGUCCCUUCCCCAGUCACUCUGGGUCUCUUUGUGUCACUCCAGUCCCUCUAGGUAUCUCUCUUCCAAGCCCUGGUCUGUCUCUUUUGCCGCUUCCAUAGCCUCUCUGUGCAGUGUUAAUUUUGUCGGGAAAUUUCAAUUUAGUUAGAGUCAUAGUCUUUUGACUAAAUCGCCAUUUGACUAAAAUUGUUAGUCAUCAAAAUUAACACUGAGGCACACCAGGAAACAAUCCCUAUAACCGCAGCAGAAUGUGAGCUUAUUAUUAGAGGUACUUGUAUUGUGUUGAAGGCAGUAGGACACAUCUCUUCAGCAACACUCUCUGCAUGGUUUGCCCUAAGUGGCGCCAGCCAGGGAGGCAGUUAGGCUGGCUUAAAUUCACGCCAGGCGAACAUGCUCCUUCUUUGGGCAGUACGUUCCCAUUUACAGGCAAGAUCUCCCAUUUUGGUCAAUACUAGCAUACCACCUGUCCAAUGUUUGGAUUUAUGCUACUUUCACUGAGGGAUCUAUGGAAGGUUCUGUGAGACCACAGGAUCUUGAAAUAGAUGAUCCCAAACUUGUGCAAUAGACGCUUAUGGCACCAUACUGCACAUCUCCCAAUAUCAUGCCUGUUGCCAUCGGUUGUCACUUUUGAUGGAAAAUUGCAGCAGAACCACCUCCACUUGCCAAAGAAGGUCCAUUACAGGAGACAUUGUAGUCCUUCAUUUGUCCUGUGUAUAUAGUUUGUUUGCUUUAGAAUUGUGAAGAAACCCGAACACCAUCAUAAAGGUUUGCGUUUUUUAUUUUCAGAAAGAAUCUAUAUUUAUGAAAACUUUGAAAAAUGCCAGAAGUACUACGAGUGGUUGCACAAGUUCCAUAGCUAAAUGAGUUAUGUUUUUGAAAGCUGAUAUCAUAUUUUUAUUUUUUAUACAGAAACCCUAAUGGAUACCUUCUGUUCCGACCUGCUCCCCCACAUUUGUGACCUACUACUUAACAGAAGGCAUCUUGUGUCAGAUGAUACCAUCUUUCAGAAAUUACUGGAUUGGUUCAAGGCUUUGUCAUCAUCAGGUAAUCCUCGUGAAUGUGAGCCUUCAUAAAAAAAAGUUGGGCAUUCUAUCUCGGUGGUCCUUUUCACGUAGUUUGUCAUGAAGGGCUUUAAGGGAAUCAUCUGUGCUGAAAAAAAUUUAAUUUUUUUUUUCCUUUUUAAGUUUAGCUCUUGUUAGUUUUUUUUUUUUCCCCAAACCAUUUAUUUUUUAUUUUUUAUAAUUCUUUAUUUUUGGUAUGCAAGUAGUUACAACAGUGCCUGUGUCGCCACAACAGCAUUGACAGGCUCAGUUUUCAUAGACAUAUGAUGGCAGUAUUGUGGCAAGGUGGACAUGCAUACAGUUUUUUUAUUUUAAUUUUAUUUUUUUAAGUGGAACGAUACAGCAAGCAAGCUAUUAACAAUAUGGUCUAAGCUAAGUUAGUGUGACUAGCUUGAGGCCUCGUGGUGAGAUCGACCGGCUUGUAUGCUUAUGAGAAAAUAAUACUGUACAAUUCGCUUGUCGUGUCCUAAAGCGUACAACUUAUGGCUAAAAAGACAGGCUAGGCACAUGCUGGUUAGACAUAGUGAGUUAAGUAGUGAUUAUAGUGAGUGUCAUCGCUGUAUGUUAUAUGAAAAUCUCAAGCUAUGAAACAGCGUUUUUGUUAAGGUAGACACAUAUAGAGCAUUGCGAAUUGCGCCUAGGGUGUAAAGCAGGCUAGCUGUUUAAAUGUAUGCGCAUUUAAAACAAGGAAAAAAGCACAACAAGCUCAUUUUUACAUUAGAAACAUCAGGCUUGAACAGGGUAGUAAACAUAGGUUGUGCUGGCUGACUAUGUGAGUGAAAAGUAUAAGAUGCCGUGUGGAGAUAGAAGGUAGGUGGUCAGUUGCCUGUUUUAAGUUCCCUUUCAUGAGAUCAGUUCACCCAAUGCCUGCUGAUGGCAGGGUACAUUCCCCGAAAAGCGUGCUCUGAGGGGAGCUGUAUGUGUGGGCUUCCAGUUUGGCUUUCCCACUCUUGUGUGUUAAGGGGCCAGUGCAUGCGCCCGGGUAGCAUGAGUCUCUGGGCCUCAGCCCAGUUUCGGUCGUGUUCCACAGGGAUUUUGUUUGCGUGUCGGCGUGGCAUGCGGCUAUGUCCCUGUGGUGCUGUCUGGCGUCUCGCUCUGUUGAGAGUGGGAGCGGGUACAUGCGCCCUCGUGGUGAGGCUCUGCCACCCACCUUGUCGACUUUCGGCGCCUGUUAGCCGCUUGGAAGGUCUGAGGUGGGAGUCCAUAGUGGCGCCUACGGGUAAUAGGUCGAAUCCACAAGGCCACUGUGUGGGCCGCUCGUUGGUAGGGUAUUCCCCUGCCACAUAGUGUCAUACAGAAGCUUAGGCAAAGCCGGUCAAGUGCUUCCAGGGAAUGAAAGGGUAGGUAAUUGCCCGCCUUCUUCUUCCUUGUACCAUGCUGGGCGGCCAUCUUGGAUGUGCCUCAGUUGUUUCCUGCACUAGCAGGCUGUGUGGUAGAGAUUACUCGUUUGCUGUCUUGGUCCGCUUGUCUAAUGGGGACCGGGAUGUCCCCCGCCCGGUCCAGAGGGGGGAGGUAGGUAGUCAGCAGAGUUUCCCAGGGAGUCUGGUGUCGGAGAGAGCGGCUGCCUCUCCCCGGCUUCCACUCCAGAAGGCUGCAGUCGGCCUUUUCUUUUGUUUGGCUCUGGAAAUGUAUCACCCGAUACCAGAGUGCAUCCCCGACGUGGGUGGUGCCCCCUGUCUGGUCUUUGGGCUUCGUUUUUGCCGUUUGUGCCAAUUUUGUUGCCCGCCCGACCGGAGCUCCUGUCCCCCACGUCCGUGCAGCUUGGCGGUCAGACUCCGCCCCCUCCCCAAACCAUUUAAAAAAAAAAAAAAAAUUGUUGUUAGUGAACAAUCAGAUAUGUUUUUUUAUUUACUACACAUAUUGUCCCUUCACCGUCCCCUAUUUGGUUCUGGUACAAUCACUGCUAUUGAAUAAUGUGCAGUGGAAAUUAGUUGCCGUUCUGCAUAUCCUUUUAUUUGCUGCUCUGCUAAUAUUAUUUUUGUUUUUGUUUUUUUACAGUUGAUGUUUAUGAAUUUAUGUCUGAGAAUGUUUGUGUAGUAGACAUGCUUUAUGACAUCCUAGAUGUGCCAGAUGAGGAGUCCGAUCUCUAUGCAUUUGCCAUGAGACUAUCUGGAAUUAUAGCAGCACAUGAAGAUGGCUUUCCACUUGUUUUGGUGAGUAAAUGUUGGUUUGUAAGGGGAUCUUCUGAAGGCAUUUUCCUCACAUUCACAAUUUGUUAAAUGACUGGUCUUGGUUCAGAGAGACCUCCGUGGUUGUGAUAUCCUCUGUGUUUGACAUCACACAUUAACCUACUUGUGUAGUAUUUUUUUUUUCUUGCUCCGUGUGUUUGUUUGUGUGUUUUUAAAAAGGCUGCCUUAUCUAUUCUGAGCCUUUUUAAUUUUAGUCAAAGAAACCCUGAAAUAUCAUUACUUAAUAAUGCUGAUCCGAGGGCCUGUAAAUCUACAUCUAUCACCAAACUAAUUUGCAGUCCCAACAAGCUCUUUAACAGAUCAAAAUUGACAGUUUGCCAAUCUUUCUAUUUAUUUAGGAUCUACUAUGGAACAAAGUGCUUUAGGUUCAAAGCUCUUAAAGGACCACUAUAGGCACCCAGACCACUUCAGCUUAAUGAAGUGUUCUGGGUGCCAGGUCCAGCUAGGGUUAACCCUUUUUUCUAUAAACAUAGCAAUUUCAGAGAAACUGCUAUGUUUAUAUUAGGGUUAAUCCAGCCUCUAGUGGCUGUCUCAUUGACAGCCGCUAAAGGCGCUUGUGUGGUUCUCACUCUGAAAAUCACAGUGAGAAGACUCAAGCGUCCAUAGGAAAGAAUUGAUAAUGCUUUCCUAUGAGACUGGCUGAAUGCGCGCGCAGCUCUUGCCGCGCAUGCGCAUUCAGCCGAGGAGGAGGAGAGCUCCCCGCCCGGUGCUGGAGAAAGAGGUAAGUUUAACCCUUUCCUUUCCAUCCCGCCCGGCGGGAGGGGGACCCUGAGGGUGGGGGCACCCUCAGGGCACUAUAGUGCCAGGAAAACGAGUGUUUUCCUGGCACUAUAGUGGUCCUUUAACCCCUUAAGGACCAAACUUCUGGAAUAAAAGGGAAUCAUGACAUGUCACACAUGUCAUGUGUCCUUAAGAGGUUAAUUUGUUCAUCUACUGCUAUAUCUACUCUUGAGAUGAUCAAUUUAGCUUAAACAGAAUAUGGGGCCCUCUAGAGGUAUGUUUUAGAGCAGUAUUUCCCAAUUGGUGUUCUCCUUGUUUGUGAGUGUGUAUAUGUGUGUUUGUCUGUGUGUUAAUUUGUUUGUGUAUGUAUGUUCGUAGCAUACGUCCAGCAAUCAAACACAUAUAUGUGCAUCCAUCCCAGCAAUCAAUCACCAACACAACAUGCAAACACAAACAUUACAUACAAAAAACCCUUGAUUCAAAUGUCAGAUUUAUAUACACUCAGACACCCCCCCCACUCAAACACUAAUACUACACACAAAUGUGCAUCCUCAUUUAAAAACUAACACUACAUCCAAGCACACCCCUGCACACAAAUGCAAACAUUACAUACUAACACACCCCUGUAUCAAAAAUUAAAUUGGGAAAAAAUAAUUGGGAACCCCUGUUUUAGAGAAUACCAUAGGAUAACAAAGCAAAAGAGAGGAGCCCAAACUCUUUAAAGGGAUUCUAUAGUGCCAGGAAAACAGUUGUUUUCCUGGCACUAUAGAAUCCUACAGUGCCCUCCUCUCUUGCGCCCCCCCCCCCCUCCUGCGGCACUGAAGUUUUUAAAACCCACCCUUUCAGUCACUUACCUGAAUCCAGCGCUGAUGUCUUUCGGUGCUGGGUCGGGCACCGUCCACGCUCCUUAGCCGCCGACAUCAGCUGAAGGGGGAGACCUAAUGCCCAUGCGUGGCAAUAGCUGUGAAAAAUCUUAAGCUGCAAGUCCUUCUGCAGAGUGCGAGGACGUCCAGCGUCGGAUUCCCGGACCAAAUGUGCGUUUCAAUUCCAAAAGUCCCUCUAGUGGCAGUCUGGUAGACAGCCACUAGUGGUGAAGUUAACCCUCAGAGGUAAUUAUUGCAGUUUCUCAGAAACUGCAAUAAUUACUACUGUAGGGUUAUGGGACAUGGGACAUUGGAACCAGACCACUUCAAUGAGCUGAAGUAGUCGAGUGCCUACAAUGUCCCUUUAAUGCAUUUUACUGGGGAAUGUUGGAUUGUAAUGUAUCAUUUCCCUUAGACAGAGUCUGAUUUAGGAGUGUAAUUAUUGUUUGUGUCUGUUGAUUUGUCUGUUCACGUUUUGAUAUAAAUAUGCUGAACUUGAUGGACACAAGUCCUUUGUUUUGCAGCCUAUGUUUGCACUAUGUAAACAAGUGUGACGAUGAAAUGAUAGUUAUGUUUUAGAAUUAUCACUUGUCUAAUCACCUCUGGCAAGUAAUUUUUGGCGAAAAUCUGAUAUGCUUUUCAACCAGGGUCAUUCUUUAUUCCAGGGUUUAUUAGAAGAUUUCUAUGGUUCAUUUACCGUGUCCAAUACAAUGUGGGAUCGUGUUGAAGUGAAACUGGCUUGGCUUAAUGGUUUCCAGGAUAUGCUGGAGCACGAAAUGUCGAUAAGGUUUUUUUAUACCAACAGUGCGUACAACGACCUGUGAAAUAAGGCAAAGUAGCCAUGAUUAAAAGGUUUAAAAGAACAAAAAUAUGACAUGGGACAAUACUCUAAAGUAACCUAAAGUAAUGUUUUUGAUUAGGGUUCAUGUUGUGGUAACUGUGAACUUUUUUUUUUUUCCGUUGUUGUAAUUCUUUAUUUGUUUUGCGCAUGAAGAGGAUGUCAGAUGAAACAUAGCAAGAAGAUAAGUGAGAGUCUCGCAGGACUCGCAAUACAUUUGUUCAAACUAUAAAAUAAGUGUUUAUAUAAGUGUAUUUUAACCCCUUAGGGACCGCGGACGUUCUAGGUACGUUCAACAAAAAAGGGUCCUUAAGGACCGCGGACGGCAAAUAUAUAUUACUUACCCAAUCGCCGCCAUUUACCCGCUGGCACUCUGUUUUGCUCCCGGUCUGUGGGGAGUGCAUGACAGCCCAGACAGUCCACCCUCUGCAAAUUAACCCUGUAACUUUCAAUGACACCCUAAAACUUGUACAUGGGGGGUACUGUUUUGUUCGGGAAACUUUGCUAAACACAAAUAUUAGUGUUUCAAAACAGUAAAACAUAUGAAAGCGAUGAUAUUGUCAGUGAAAGCGAAGUUUUUUGCAUUUUUCACACACAAACAGCACUUUCACUGAUGAUAUCAUUGUUGUGAUAUGUUUUACUGUUUUGAAACACUAAUAUUUGUGUUCAGCGAAGUCUCCCGAGUAUAACCGUAACCCCCCCAUGUACAGGUUUCAUAGUGUUUUUGAAAGUUACAGGGUCAAACAUAAGGCUGUUUUUUUCACAUUGUAAUUUGCCAGAUUGGUUAUGUUGCCUUUGAGAGUGUAUGGUAGCCCAGGAAUGAGAAUAACCCCCAUGAUGGCAUACCAUUGCCAAAGAAGACAACACAAGGUAUUGUAAAUGUGGUAUUUCCAGUCUAUUUUAGUAGCCACUUAGUCACAAACACUGGCCAAAGUUAGCGUUCAUAAUUGUUUUUUACUUUUUAUUUUUUUUAUUCUUUAUUUUUGUAGUGCGUAAGCUUAGUACAGUCGCGUGUGAGGUACCGCAAAGGCAAUCCUCUAGCGCAUUAUAAACAGUUAAACAUAGAGGUACAUGGUUGCUCUACCACAUUUUUAUAAGGUUAAGUUAUGUAAUGAACAGUGUCGAUUGUCGUUGCAUAGGCACUCACAUAACAUAAAGUAACAUUGCUUUGCUUUCUAAACAUGAAAUAAAAUUGCUGUGUCAAGAGCUAGUUAAACAUUAAGUAAGAAACCACUGGGGUUUGCUUUAAACAAUAUUAACUUCACAUGAAUAUGUCAAUGUGUGGCAAGGGGUCUUAAUCUUCGUGGGGUGUGCAGUAGGGGUUAACAUCCGGGCGCAUAAUUAUUAUGAUGGCUAGGUGUGUUCCAGGCUGAGUUAAGAAAAUAAAAGAAAAAGGACCCUUCAGAUCUGUGUGAGCGUGGCCGUAUUGAAAUCUGGUCAGAUAGAGAAUUACCCGGAGUUGCAGGGCAUGACUCUGGUAAGGCUGUGCAGUGUGUUUUUCAGCCAAUGCCUAGUGUUGGGAAGUCCCAUUUAUUGCCGUUGUGAGUCCCUUCUUUGGAGCCCCCGGGCGCGGUGUCUUCCCGCCGGGAGUCAGCUCCAGUGGUACCUUGAGGGGUGUGCAGCCGCACAGACACUUGUUUUGCAGCAUUGGCUGUAGGGAUCCGAAUCGUGCUGCGCUGGAUAUUGAUAGUCUGGUCUGGUGAGGUCCCUGCAUAUGUCGCUUGUGUAAUAGUCACAGGUAGGUGUGAUAGCGAGUUGGAGCGUGCUCUUGCGAGGCCUGACUCCCUUUCCCGCCUUGAGGACCACUGAAACCUGCGUUGCUGGAUGGGCGCUUUGGAGGCUUUAGGCAUGGGCCUGUAAUGGCUGCGUUGUACUGCUGGUCAGAUCCAUGUGGCCAGCAUUGUUUCUGCUUGGUGGUAAGUAGCUCCUCGGCUGUGCAGUGCGUCCCAGAAUCCUUUGCAUAGCCAGUCGAGAGUCCCCUGUGAAGGUGUGGACGGCUUGUUGUGGGCACCCCGCUCGUGGUGUCUGUGCUGGAGGGUCAUAUUGGUAGUGCUUUGGUGGCCUGUUGCCCUUGAAUGCCGUGGGGUGAACUAGUCUGUUUUUCAUUUGCGUCUGUACUUCCAGUGGAGACCGGGAUGUCCCCCACCAGUCCAUAGGGGUGGGGGAGUAGGCUGCAGGAAAGUUGCUUGAGGGCCCCGGUGCCGAGGGGAGCUGCCGUCUCCCCCUGGUUCCAGCCCCAGUAGGCCGUAUUCGGAUCUCCGCUCUCCCGGCCCCAACAGGUUCCAGGGUUGUGUCUGUCGAUUCAGCGGUGCACCCCCGACGUGGUGGUGCACCUGUAAAGGACCUUGGGCCAUAUAGCCCCCGCUUUUCUCCGUUUUCGGCCCGUCUGUCAGGAGCUCGUGUCAGGUACGUCUGUAUGGCUCGGUGUCCAGGCUCCGUCCCUUUUUUGCAUUUUUAACACACUGUAACGGAGAGGCAGUAUAAUCCACGAUAUCUCCGCUGGGUAACAGGAACAACAAGGAUAAUCCAGGGAAUCAGCAUACAAUAAUCCAGACAGCACUGUAGUAACCCUUCCUUCCCAAGAACUAGACGACACAUAGGCUGGGAGUCAACUGAGGUCUUUUAAUUCAGCUCCACAAUUUAUACAAGUCCCCAUGCAAGGGGUUUCCUGAGUCCCCUCCCAGGGACAUUCCCAAAGGGGACUACAUGGGGAACUUACAAAGCAAGACAUUUUUCCCAUCAGGCACUGCUGCACGAGAGGGAUCCUCCCACUGGAAUAUACCGUUAAGUGGAUUAUCCCUCCGUGCAGCAGAACCGACAAUUCACAUUAAAAUACAUAACUUUUCGAAUACUUGACAGAUUUAAACGAAUGGACGUUCGGUAGAUAGCUGGGGUCUGGGCGCAUCAUUCGUGAGAUUACCGCUCAGAUCCCAGCUAAAAUAACCGAACGCCGCACGAAAAACACAUUCAUUACAAAACAUAUUAAAAGAACCGAUUGCCUUCCAGGGAAUAAAAUACCGAACGGCCUGAAACUCCCGAACGUCCUGGAGGCUCAGCGGUGUUCGUGCCGUCGAGUAGCCGUUUUUAGUACCAUGCGCUCGACGACCUAACACCGCUGAGGGAACAAAGGAUCCAAGAUGGCCGACCGCCGCAUGGUCGGUAGUCGAACGACGGCCACCCAGGAGAGCCUCUAAUUACCGAUUGCCUCUAAGUGUGUGGGCUAUAAAAUGAUAUGUCGUUCGCUUCCCGAACGGCCCGCAAAGGUGCCAUUCGUGAAACGAAAGGAAUUAGCUAUCUGCGGUCAGCAGAUAGCCCAGGCAGGAGAUACAGCAUUAACAUUGUAUUACAGUAUACGCUCUAACACACACAAGGAACCCCAUACCGGCAACCCUUAAAGCGACAGUACAAAAAUAAUGUCCAAGUGGCUAGAUCUGCCACACACACACCACCAUUUUAGCCAACUUUGGCCAGUGUUUGUGACUAAGUGGCUACUACAAAAGACUGGACAUACCUCAUAUUGAAUACCCUGGGGUUAUCUACUUUUAAAGAAAAUCUGUACAUGUGAGGUGUGAUUCAGAGAUUUGAUAGAUAACAGUGUAACAAGGUCACUAUGGAUACAUUUUUUAAAUUAUAUAUUUUGAAACAGCAGUGUUCUACUUGUACUUAUAGCCCUAAAACUUGCAAAAUAAAAAGCUAAGAACAUGUUAACAUUGGGUACUUCUAAACUCAGGACAAAAUGUAGAAACUAUUUAGCAUGGUUUGUUUUUUUUGGCAGUUGUAGAUGCAUAACAGAUUUUGAGAGUCAAAGUUAGAAAAGGUGUGUUUUUUUUUUUUUUUUGUACAUUUUUUUUUCAUCAUAUUUCAUAAAAAUUUUUUAUAGUAAAUUAUAUGAUAUGAAAAUAAUGGUAUCUUUAGAAAGACCAUUUAAUGGCCAGAAAAACUGUAUAUAAUAUGCGUUGGUACAGUAAAUGAGUAAGAUGAAAAUUACAGCUAAACACAAACACAGCAGAAAUGUAAAAACAGCCCUUGUCCUUAACGGUAAGAAAAUUGAAAAUGGUCUGGUCACUAAGGGAAUAAACAACAUAAAUAUCAAACUAAUUUCAGGUAGUAUCUAUAAAAGUCCAUAUGCCAAAACCUUCGUCAAUGAACGUGUUCUCUAAAACGUGUAAUUAAAAUUUUUAAACAAGAAUAUAGGUAUCUUCUAUUUUUGCUAAAACUUCUUGUAAAGAUGGUCCUUCCAUUUUUAGCCAAGUUGAUGUUAGAAUCUUUUCUAUUGUAAUUUGUUAAUACCCAAAUUAUACAUUUCUUGAAAAAUUUAAAUUGGGAGAGAAAUCACUUAAAGGUGGCCACCCCUGUAUUAUCCCUUCUAUUUUCCAGAUAUAAGGAAGUGGCACUGACAAAGGCCACUUAUAAAUAAUUUGCUUGCUUUGGCUAGAACCACAAGUCAUGAGACUAAAAGGUGGCCACCUAUAAAACACAAUAAAAUGGUUCAAGUUGCCAUUUGGAACCAGUGCUAGAGGGUAAAAGUACAGUAGCUUCCACUAGUAAGUAUAGGAGAACAAAAAUUAAUUGUACGUAAAAUAACUUGCGGGUGGGAGGGUAAAAAAGUGGACCGACUCAUAAAUAUGGCAAGUUCCAUGAAAGCUGUAUGAAAAGUAGAAAAUUAAUAAUAGUUUCCUUGAAGGAACACAUCCAACAACAAAAUAGAAUUAAACUGACCAACCACAACAUUAAAACCACUGACCGGUGAAGUGAACAACAUUGAUUUUAUUGCUACAAUGGCACCUGUCAAGGGGUGGGAUAUAUUAAGCAGUAAGGGAACAGGCCGUUCAUGUGUUGAAAGCAGGGAAAAUGGGCAAGCGUAAAGAUCUCUGAGGCUCUGACAAGGGUCAAAUAGUAAUGGCUAAACAACUGGGUCAGAGCAUCUCCAAAACAGCAGGUCUUGUGGGGUGUUCCUGAUAUGCAUUGGUUAGUACCUACCAAAAGUGGUGCAAGGAAGGGCAACCAGUGAACCGGCAUCAGGGUCAUUGGCGCCCAAGGUUCAUUGAUGCACGUGAGGAGCGAAGGCUAUCCUAUUGGUCCGAUCACACAGAAGACCUAUUGUAACUUAAACUGGUGAAAAAUGUAGUGCUGGUCAUGAUAAAAAAGUGCCAGAACACAGUGCAUUGCAGGUUCUUGCAUAUAGGGCUGCGUAGACGCAGACAAGCCACAGUGCCCAUAAUAACCCACCACCGAAAGCAGCUUUAAUGGAGAUGUGUCAGACUUGGACCAUGGAGCAAUGAAAAAAGGUUGCCUAGUCUGAUUUAUUUUCUUUUAGAUCAGGUUGAUGACCAGGUGCGUAUAUGCGUGUGCGUAUAAUGCACCUUGCUACACUGCAAAAAUUGUGUAGGAAUGGUGUGAGGAACAUGGCAAAGGUUCAAAUCCUCCAAAUUCCCCAGAUCUUCCGAUUGAGCAUGUGUGCAGUGUGCUGAAGCAACAAAUCUGACCCAUGGAGACCCCAACUAGCAACUUGCAGUACUUAAAGGAUCUGCUGCUAAUGUCUUGGUGCCCGAUACCGUAGGACACAUUGAGAGGCCUUGUGCAGGUCAUGCUUCGACUCGUCAGAGCUGUUUUUGCUGCGUGAAAGGGAUAUACAAUAUAUUGCGCAUGUAGUUUUAAUGUGUUUGUGCAUGUAUAUAUAUAUAUGUGUGUAUGUGUAUAUAUAUGUAUAUGUAUGUGUAUAUAUAUAUAUAUAUAUAUACACACAAAGGGUUGCCUCAAUCAUCAUACAGGCCAGUCAUUCACUGGCUGUGCAUGUCAGCGGGGAUUGGUGUUUUUAUAAAAAAUGUAAAAAGUACAAUAAAAACAAAAAAAACUUUUGUUACUUACUCCAUUUCUCUUUCCUCUUUAUUAGGAAGCUUGUCUGUGAUCUUAUCUCUACAAAGAGAAAGGAGUAUGUUUCUUGCUGGUGCUAUCAAUAACCUAGUCGCUCAUGCUAUCACUGCAAGUGUGAAGAUUGAGGGAAACCCAAACCUUGACUAUGUCUAUGAGCUAAACGAAUUACCAGAUGUUGCAUUUGUCUUACUGAGCCGUUCGGUGGAAUCUCUCGGUAGUGAUUGUCCUUAUGCAGCAAGCCAAGCUAUUAGAACACUGAUCGCCAUUUUUAAAGAUGGUAGCUCUGUAGUGGUUGGCAUUGCUUGGAGACAUAUGUUCGCCUAUAUCUACACGUUUCUGGAAGAUGGACCUCUUCGUAAUUCUGUCUAUUUAGAAGAGCUGCUUCUCUCUGUGGUCAGGUAAAUGAAAAAGAGAAAGGUAGGACAAGAACAAUGCAAGAUAUUUGUUUUGCAGCUAAACCACUUGGCUGUUUUUUUUGAGUGUUUUCCUGAUACAUUUUAAACAUAUCAAUCACCUUUAUACAAGUGCAGGCCAUUCCAUAAAAGUAAAAAUAUGACUAAUAUGUUUAAUGACAGAAGUUGCUUCAAAUAUUUUUAUGGAAUCAUAGCAGUCUUUAGAAUAUAUACAUUUUAUAAGGACUUCCGAGGCAUCAAUACAUCUUUACAUACACUUGAUAAUGAUAAGAAAACCUUUUUCUGAAGUGAGGUGGUGUGGUGAAGGAGGAAGGUGCAUUCUGCAAAACAUUUUAUUUUGUGUGCAAUAAAGAUUUGAGCCUUCAGUAAAUACAGCAUAUUUUUUUUGAGGCCAAAUCAAAUGCAUUAAAGUUGUAUUGGUACCUGGUAUGUCCCUUGUAAUAAAACUUGAAUAAAGGUGAGUGGAUGGAAAUAGAAGCUUAAAAUUACUUGCCUAAAGAGGAUUUUGAACUCAAUCUAUUAUGAAAUUCUUUAUUACGCUAAAUAGUAUCUCGGAACUUUAUGAUACCUUGUAAUAGUAAAAGCAAGUUUGUCCCUCCCACCUCAAAAUAAGAUUCUUCUCCUGAUGAUCUAUACUAUGCAUUAUCCUUGCUCAGGUCAUUUCCAAAGUGACCGGUUUGUUUGGUAAAUGCUUGACUAUUUUUAGCCUUAUAGGCUUCUAUCACUGAAGGUAAAAAAAGAAAGAAUUAUCAGGAUUAUCGGUGUAAAUUGCGAAGGAUCCUGGGUUAAAUCUUCUUCAUAAGAUAUAUAGAGGCUUUGUUGCCCUGUUCAUUGCAUCCAGUUGACCUGCCAUAGGGGUUUAUGUACACAAAGCAAUUCUGGGGCAAAACUCUAAAGGUGGAGCAUUCGGACGAAAUAUUUUUUUUGGUUUCCAUGGUAAUUGUUUAAUAUCCAGCAGCAGGAGCCUUACUUUGGUUUCCAUGGUGAUUGUUUCCAUUGUAUUAGUUCCAUUCGGUCUACUUGUAGACUUUGACUUGGCAUUCUUCAUUCUAUAUAACCCCAAUGUUUCGAAAAUGUUGCUGCCUUAAAGUCAAUAUGAAUUGGGAGAAAUACAGGUUACAUAUUUUGAUAUUUUGAAUCGCAAGAAAUUGUUCAUAUGAAUAACUGGCUGCUAGUCUGUUUAUAUACUUGAGCCAGAUGCAUGCAAUGCUUGAAUUUCUGCUUGUUUGUGUUUUUUAUUUUUUAUUUUUCAGGAUACCCAUCUUCCAAGCUCCAAACUGUAACGUGUGGGUCUUAGUACUACGAACGCUAAAAAGUUUGCAUCUAUUCCAGUCUAUAACUUUUGCUGCGAACAUUAUAAAACUGCGUAUCGCGUAGGUAUUUCAUUUAAAAUCCUGUAAUAAACACACUAUAGGCAGUGCAAAGGAAAGGGGUAAUAUCUUCCUGAACAUCCUUACCAACACUCUGUUGGAAACCAUGUAUGGUGGUGGUUUUAUGUAUUAUUGCAAGUAAGAACCAGUAUGUAUAAAACAAAAUAUAUAUAUUUUAUAUGUGGUCGGGACAAUAUUGCCGUAAAAGUUAGAUAACACAUAAAUAGUACAAAAUAUCAUAGUUAAUAACACCAGUCGGUUGUGGUGUGCCUGUAAUAAAGAGGGCAAAAAGAAGUAUACCAUACAAAAUUUUAUUCAUUCUACAAUACUUCAAAAUUACUUGGUUAAGCCACGAAAUGCCCGACAAAUAUCUUUAAAGAGAGAUGGCGAUAUAUAUAUAAUGUUUCUAUAUUUCUUUUCAUCUUGUGUUGAUUUGUGAUUGUUUUUUACAUUUCUGUUUUUUUUUUUUUUUGUCCAGACCAAAGGAUGUUAGUUAUCAUGCAUUGUCGGUGCUACUUUACCCAUUUCAUCACAUAUUAAAAAUGACUACUGCAUACUCAGGUAUGAUGUAAUUUGUGAACCGGUAGGCUGUAACUGUGUGAUGUGUAUUAAAGGUUAUGUAAUGAUUUCUGAAAUUGCUAAAUGUAUUUCUACACUGAUUGCUUGGGGGAGGGAAAAAAACAAAAACAUGACGGACAAGCAUAACAAAGCAUUGGCAAUGGCAAUACCCUGUCGCACCCUUCAGUCCUCUACCCUGUUGCAGCCAUCUCUUCCACACCACAUGUCUUUUACACCUAACCCUCCUGAUGUCCAUUCCAACUAACUACUUGCUGUAUGUGGUGCCUCAUCCUACCUCUUCCUCCUUGUGUGACUUAAAUGGUCACUAUAGGCACAAAACCGCUUUAGCUUAAUGAAGUAGUUUUGGUGUUUAAAUCAUCUGCCAGUUAGGAGUUAAAUAAUUUUGUUUAUCCAAGCCUAGUCACAGAUUGCACAGUCUUCAUCAACACUUCCUGUAAAAAGCCAUCUAAUGUUUACACCUUUUAUUGCACAUUCUGUUUAAUUCAGAAUUUUUCUCCUGCGCUCUUAAUAACUUGUACGGGCCUCCGGUGUGUGUGUGUGAUUAAAGUUCAAUAGACAGAGCAAUAGAUAAAAACUUCUGAAGUAGGUUAACAUCUGAUUGAAAAUUAAGCCAUUUUGCUUACAUGCAGGCUGUGUGACUCACAGACAGGGGAGGUUUGACUAGGGCUUCAUAAACAGAAGCAAAAGUGAUUUAACUCCCAAGUGACAUAGAAUUGAGCAGUGAGACUGCAGUUUCAUGGUCUAUACACCAAAACUACUUCAUUAAGCUAAUGUUGUUUUGGUGCCUAUAGUGUCCCUUUAACCCCUUAAGGACACAUGACAUGUGUGACAUGUCAUGAUUCCCUUUUAUUCCAGAAGUUUGGUCCUUAAGGGGUUAAAUGAAGCUUGCAGAGGGAACUCUGACUAACUAAAUAAAGAUCAGUGGGCAGUGCUGAAUGGCAAUUGCUUUAACAGAGCACCUAUAAUUAUCUGCAGCUAUUCUUGUUCUCACUGGUUGUGUCCAGUGUCUACUUUACUUCACUUUGCGGUCUCAGGUGCUAUGUGGCUGCUGUCAGUCCUGGUCAUGCAUUCUACUUCUCCAGAGUGUAAAAGUUUGAUUCAGAGGGUCAAUUUGAGAUUUUGAGCUCUGAAAUACAACCUUGUUUCCCAAUAACUCUUAAAAGUUACAAAUUGUGUAAUCAAGUAAGCCUGAUACACCACCAUACAGCCAAGACAAUUUAUAGAUUAUUAACCAUACGGCUGUAAAGCUACUAGUGAAUGGAGUAAUAAUAUUAAAGGAACAUCUUUAGCAUUUAAUUAAUUUAGGAGUGCAACAGAGGUGAGAAUAAGACACUCCUCCACAGAGCUUCUGGGUUCAGUAUCUGUCUUCUUACCAUGAUGUUCCAGGUAUUCUUGUGUGUGAACUGAAAUCUGCUUCUAAGUUUCUGUACGCCUGCGGUACCAUGGGAGUCAAGGUAAUUUGCAUUGUAUGCCAGUCUGUGUUAUUAUAACCAUGCAUAUGCUUUGAAGAGAAAGAUAUACUUUUUUUCCCCUUCAAACGUGAGUAGAAAUCAUAGCCAACUCUUGGUUAUUGAGAUGUGCAGAAAAAUGGGAUUACCACAACAUAUCUUCAGUUCCAAUUUCGUACAUCUGUUUUGCAUGUAAGUGAAUGGAUGGAAUUUUAGUAAAUUGUUUUCACUUUGUAUCUCCAUGACCUGGCUGAAACAGCUAAAUAAGUGUUCCAGUAUGCUAGAUUUACUGUUGCAUGUUGUAGUGAGCAAAGCGCUACUUGUCCUGGGUUUAAGCUAAAUACACAGUCCAUUUCGCCAGCUCCGUUGUGAUGGAAUCUGAUUUAUAAUGGACAGGAAUUAGUUUUUUCUGAUUUUCUGACUUAGAUUUUGUCACCUAUUAUUAUUGUAAAUGAUAGAUCCACAUUCAAAUGAGAAAUGUUACAUUCAUUUUACAUUCAUUUUUAUAUAUAAUUAUUGAGCCCUAUUUAACAAAUAGAAUAUAAAUAUACCGUAUAUAUUACAAAUCUUAUUUUAUUUUUUUUUCUAAAGAUCUCUCAUUAGAGCAAAUAUAUUGCCAUCCAGAAGCUGUCAAUGCGAUGUCUAUGAAAUUGUCUGCUAUUGCUCUGCUUAGCCUAAGUUUUCGCUGCAUCAGGGAAAUUGGUGAAACGGUAAGGUCUUAUCAUUGGUUGUACCUGGCCUGCUGUGUCCAGUAAUUCACUGUAAUACAUGGCUGAAUCUGCCUCACAUUUAUUGGCACUUUGUCAGUAUAUGUUAGCUCAUUAUCUGUCUGAAAGAUCAUGAAAAUUUACUGUAUAUCUGGGUAUGCAUAAUUAGCACUAGUGUAAAGAAACUUUUCAUUUUUUAUUUUUGUUUUUUAUUCACCAACGACUUUUAGUUUAUCUAGGGGGUCGAGAAACUUUGUUUACACACUAAUGAAAUGAACUGAACAUACUCAUGGAUCUAAUCAUUAAAAUGCCGGGCAACUCGGACAUCCUCAAGCUUAAAUGACACUCUAAGCAACAUAGCCUCUACAGUCCAGUGUAGUGGUUGUGUUGCUAAUAUUACUUCAUACCCUGGAAUUUUUUUUUUUUUUAAAUAUGUCUUUAUUGAUUACAUUUUUCAGUGUCUAAUAAAGAGAUACUUACAGUAGGGUAUCACAGUACCAAAAAUUUAUGAGAUAUGUCCUAAGCAAUACGUUUUCAUUGAGACUUCAAAUAAUCACAUAGUUACAUCUCCCACACCAAGUCUUAACCCCUACAGCCCAGCCACAAAGACGUAACCGAUGAUCCAAAUGUGUCUUCUUUACCCCUUGCAAUAUCUAAGCCUACGUCGAUACAAUUUCCUGCAGAGGCGUGUGCAUAAUCACCAACUCUGACGCUAAUAGUGAAUUUACCCCUAAUGCCUUAGAUAUCAUCACAUACUUCACCGCAGGGCCUACACACACACAAAAAUAAAUUGGUGCAGCGUUUCCAUGUUCUCUGUCCAUGUGGUAUAUUGCUAUGUUUUACCUUGCUUACCUGACAUUUCAUACAUUGACAUUUAAUAAUUGCAACUCAUGACCUGCACUGCAAAAAUAAAGAAUUAAAAAUAAAUGAUCGCAUGAGUUGAGGGUACAGAUCAUUUAGUAUAAAUAUACUGUAGCAGAGCUCCAUUAUUCAGCAUCAAUAUCUCCGCUGUAGACUCCUUGUAGCUAAGGAAGCAAUACGUUAUCCAAGACACAAUCCCCCCAGUAACUGGACGCCACAGCUGGCUUUUAUGCUACUCCCCAUGUCAUUUCUUAAAUUACAUUCCAGGGGUUUCCCCCUGGUGUCCUUUGUUGGGGACAAGGGACAAAUCAACAUUUUACAGACUCCUCCUCUGUGCCUGGGAGAUAAUUGAGUAAGAACAACUCUUUAAUUACAUUAUCUCCCAAGUACAGAAAAUAUACAAUAUUGUAAAACCACAUAAAACACAUUUUAAUAUCUCAGGACUCCACGAAAGUUAGUUCACCGAAUAGCAGGGAUCUGAUCGCUCACUUUGUCAAAAUAUUACUCAGAUCCGUUUGGUAGAUUAGGAACGCCAUUCGAGUGAAGUUUAGACCGGUCGACCACAAGGUGAAACCCCAAAAUAGUUCCAGAGGAUUUUAGGCUUUGACCGGUCUUCUUUCGGGAGUUCUCGCACGAAUGCUGACAAAGGCUCCCACUGGCUGCUGGCAUACGAACAGUCCCAUUGUUCGGUAGUUUAGGUCUCUCGAACGCCGUUUUCCUACUGAUUCGGGAAAUUGAAUGGGCAGUGGUAAUAGUUUAUCGUGUGUUCGCAGAGUCCAGUAGCCGAAAUUAGUUCCAGGCCGUCGACGGCCAUAUACCCCUGCCCACGUUUGAGAGACAAGAUGGCCACCGUUUGUUUGCACACGUGCGUUCGGUAAUACGGCCACACAGGGGAAACCCUUCUUUAAUGAGCAAUUGGAGGUUAACAGCCAGGGGUGGUCUGUAGUUAAAAUAACCAAAUUCUGGGACUACACAGAUGGGAGUUCGGUAAACGAGGGGUACGGACAGCCGAACAAAGGGAAGAGAAAAGGGACGUUCUUCUACAUAUACUAUAUUUUAAGUAUACAUAUACAGUCUAGCAGCGAGAAUUACACAUGUGUUUGAAUUAAAGAAACACUAUAGGGUCACCAACUAGCCCCACCUAUCCCCCCUUGCAUCCCAGUAACAUGUCUUUCUGCAUCCUUCCAAUAGUAAAUUAAAGGUACUAACAUAUAUGAGGCAUCACUGCCCUCCCUACAAUCCUGUACUGUAUGACGUAUGGUUCGCCCCAGCCACCCAGGUUACUACUCCCUAGUCUGGAAUGAAAAGAAUUUACAUUAGUCAACGGUCAUAAAUCCCAACUUCACUAGCGCUGAUUUAAAAAAAUAAAUUAUAAUCCUUUUUAAAUUUUAUUUCCUUUUCAUUUUUCAAUCUUGUGAUGUCCGGAACCUUCUGAUCUGGAUGUAAUCCGCUCCCCCCAAGAAGUUCCAGGCACAUGGUGGCAGUCCCCCUACUAGGAGUUUAUUGUGAGUCACCGCUGUCAUUGGGUGUAUAUGGUGGAGGCUUCCCACCUGAUGUUCCUUUACAAUUACAGCUUUUCAUUUCCCCAGAUCACUGCUUGAAGUGUAGCCCCCGAAGUGUUGGAAAUUAAAAAAGGGUCCACUAUAUUUGGAAUCUGGACUUUUUAACUGCAUGUAUUUUCAUGGUGAAUAAGUUCUAUAAACACCCUUACUCUCUAAUUUGAGAGCUUUCUAGAAUUGUGUGCUAACUCACUGUUUAAUAUACCUUCAGUGAAUUUGACUAGGCGGGCAAGGGUUCAGCAAAGGUAUUGGUUCUGAUUCCUAUUCGAGACAUAUACAUUUGCUAGUGUGUAUCUGUUCUUUGAAAUGUAACCUUUCACAAAAAUGUGCCUGCCUUAUGGAUCUAUUUCGCUAUGCAGUUUGAGGAGUUGCAGUUUCUUUAACACUGGGGCAGCUCCUUAAAGGACCACUCUAGGCACCCAGACCACUUCAGCUUAAUGAAGUGGUCUGGGUGCCUGGUCCAGCUAGGUUUAACCCAUUUUUUUAUAAACUUAUCAGGCUGUCUUAUUGACAGCCGCUAGAGGCGUUUGCGUGCUUCUCACUGUGAAAAUUCUAGAGAACACCACGAGACUGACAUCUGAGAUGUUCAUAAAUGCUUAUAAAUGUCUCCAGAACUCCUUUGACUGCAUCUUACUAUGCAUGAAUGCUUUUGUUUUGUAAAUCUUUUAGGACGCGCGUUGGAUGAUUGACUGGACUUGGCAGGAGCUGCAGACAGUACUAAGCACAGAGAUUCCUAACUCGGAUCUAUGUGUACUCCUAUGGUCCAGGAUUUAGGCAUCUCGUACAUCUUUUCUUAUGGAGUUACUGACAAAACAGAAUGCUGACACAAUGAUCUGGAACACUUCCUUUCUGGUCUACUUCACUUUUUGAGCAGCUUUAUACGUCCUAACAUCAGACUGAUCUCUCUUUUAUACUUCCUAACAUCAGACUGAUCUCUCUUUUAUACGUCCUAACAUCAGACUGAUCUCUCUUUUAUACUUCCUAAUAUCAGACUGACCUCUCUCUCAUACUUUUUAACAUCAGAUUGAUCUCUAAUUUGUAGUGCAUUACAAAAUAACAAAACUUAACUUAACUGUUACUUCUGUUAAGAUAUUUAUAGGUCUCUUAAGGAUUUUAAAAUGAGAUAUUUGUAUGUUUUUGAAGAUCUUUUACAAUGAAAGACUAGAAAGCCAAGAAAUUCAAGAAUAAAGACAUUCAACAGAUACAUAUGCCUUGAUUUCACGAUGUAAAGAGCACUUUUGAUGGUUUAUGUGGGCACAUCUGCAGCUAGGUUAUUUGUCUCUCUUUUUUUAUUUUUUUUUUAUUUUUACUCCUAGGUUGGAUUUUUACCCACCAAUGGUACGUUCUGUGCCAUUCUAACAUUGCUGCUGUUCUGCAUUGGCCAAGCACCUGUUUUAACACCUGCUGGGAAGAUUUUCAGCAUGCAUUUGUUCGGUUGCCUUAAAUUACAGAAGGCAGCGCUGGAUUCCCUCACAAACUUUACAUGUUUGUUAAGUGAGUCGAACUUUGGUUACAUGUUGUCCAAGCGUGUUUUUUAUUAUUACUAUUAUUUUUAUUUUUUUUAUUGUACAGAUUUAGCUUCUUGUCAAACUAAUGUUCCAUUGGACUUUACUUAUCAGAGUUGUAACUUGGGCAUGGUGCCACUGUGAGCUGUGCUCAUAAAGUUCUUUGGCACUGUCUAGCUGUGUACCGAGAUGGGAAGCUCUACCCAGUAUUGUCAUCUUACUCCUGUGUCAUUAAGAGGCGUAUUGGGCGCAGGUAGCCAAAAACCCAGUGGCGGAUCCAGGGGGUAGCAACAGGGCAAUUGCCCCCUCCCUGAGAAAAUAACAAUACCAAGGCUCUCCCUCUCCCCUGCCAUUCCUGCUGUGUCCCUUCACGGACCAGAGGGGAGAUCGGAGAUCUGAAAUGCGGCAGCCGUUAGGGGAGGGAAAGAGGACCCAGGGGAGCUCUAAACUACAGCUCUACUGGGUUCUCGUCUUGCGAGCUUGGAGUGUUGUCGUGUUUACCAUGCCCCAAGCUCGAGUUCCCUCCCCACUAGGACCACCAGGGCUUGGAAGCAAUGUCCCUCCUCCCAGGGGGAGGGGGAUAUAAAGUAUGUUUAUUUAACCCCUUAAGACCGGAGGGCGUACUAUUACGCCCUAUUCUAAGCGGCUCUAAACGCCGCUGGGCGUAAUAGUACGCCCUCCGGUCUUUCGGUACUUACCCGGUCGCCGGCGAUCCCACGCCGGCGAUCGCGGUGGGGGGGACUCCCAGGGAGCCCCCCGUGGCACAUCCGUCCUCCUCGAAGCCCCCCGGCCAUGUGAGAGUGGGGUCCUUGCGAGGACCCCACAAACACAUGGCCGGGGGUAGCUGGCUGCAGCAUUGCCAGCAGGGGGACUGCCUGUAAUGACAGGUGGUCCCCCUGCUGGCUGAAAAUAAAAAUAAAAUAAAUAGUGUAAAAAAAAUAAUAAUAUAUACUUAGAUCAUAUAUAUAUAUCAUAUCUAAGUAUAUAUAUAUACACAUAUACAUACACACACGUACACCGUCUAGGUGUAUUUUACUAUUAAUAUAUAUAUAAUUAUAUAUAUAUAUUAAUAUCAAAUUACACGUAGACUGAUACUGAUUAAAUAUAUAUAUAAUUAUUGUUAUAUAUAUAUUUAUAUAUAAUAUAAAAAAAAUAAAAAUGUAAAUAUGUUAAAAAAUAAAAUUAAAAAAAUAAUUAAAAAUAAAUAAUUAAAAAAUAUAUAGAUGUGUGUUAUUUCGUUCUAACUGUAUUGUGAAAUUAAUAUAUAUAUAUAUAUCAAAAUACACGUAGAACGAAAUAAUAUAUAUAUCUAUAUACAUAAAUAUAUACGUAUAUAUCACUAUAUAUAUACCUAUAUAUAAAUAAAAAUAUAUUUUUUAAAAUUCUAUAGAUAAAUACAUAUAUAUAUACACAUACGUAUAUAUAUACAUAUAUUAAUUCUACAUAUAUAUUUACGUAAUAUUUUUACAUAAUUAGGUAUCUUAAUUAAUUACAAUUAGCAGGACCUGCCUGACAACCCAUGCCGAAAGUAAAGGGAAUUUAAUUUGCUAGCACUAUAUUUAACCCUAUAACUUUCCAAGACACCAUAAAACCUGUACAUGGGGGGUACUGUUCUACUCGGGAGACUUCGCUGAACACAAAUAUUAGUGUUUCAAAACAGUAAAAUGUAUUACAACGAUGAUAUCGCCAGUAAAAGUGAAGUUUUUUGCAUUUUUCACGCACAAACAGCAUUACACGGACAAUAUUAUUGCUGUGAUACUUUUUACUGUUUUGAAACACAAAUAUUUGUGUUCAGCGAAGUCUCCCGAGUACAACAGUACCCCUCAUGUACAGGUUUUAUGGUGUUUUCAAAAGUAACAGCGUCAAAUAUAAGGCUUGCGUUUCAUUUUUUUCACAUUAAAAUUAGCCAGAUUGGUUACGUUGCCUUUGAGACCCUAUGGUAACCCAAGAAUUAAAAUUACCCCUAUGAUGGCAAACCAUUUGCAAUACUAGACAACCCAAGGUAUUGCAAACAGGGUAUGUCCAGUCUUUUUUAGUAGCCACUUAGUCACAAACACUGGCCAAAAUUGGCGUUUUUUGAAUUUUUCACACACAAACAAAUAAUAACGCUAACUUUGGCCAGUGUUUGUGACCAAAUGGCUACUAAAAAAGACUGGACAUACCCCAUUUGCAAUACCUUGGGUUGUCUACUAUUGCAAAUGGUAUGCCAUUAUGGGUGUAAAUUUCAUUCCCGGCUACUAUACAGUCUCAAAGGCAACGUAACCAAUCUGGCGAAUUUCAAUUUCAAAUGUAACGUGCUAUAUUUGACCCUGUAACUUCCCAAAACGCCAUAAAACCUGUACAUAGGGGGUACUGUCUUACACGUGAGACUUUACUGAAUACAAAUAUGUGUAUUUUAUUGCAGUAAAAGCAAACAGUAUUAUGACAUUGACUGUUAAAAUGUCAUGUAGAACUAAAAAAAUAAAAAAAAUCUUAUUUUCUCCCAUUUUUUUCAUAUUAAAUUAUGUUUCAUAGCUAAAUAUUUGAUAUUAAAUGAAAGCCCUGUUUCCCCUGAAUAAAAUGAUAUAUAAUAAGGGUGGGUGCAUUUACUAUGAAAGAGGUGUAUUACGGUUGGACAGACAUGUAGCGCAAAUGCCAGGUUUUGUUUAUAUUUUGUUUUGUUCACAACGUGUACAUUUGGCUCCGUCCUUAAGGGGUUAAUUUAAAAAUAUAAAUAUUUUUAUAUAUUAUAUAUGUAUAACUUUAUUUUAAAUGAAUACAUAUUUGCUCCCAUCUGUCCCUUCACACACAAUACAGGCUUGUAUCAGCCCCAAACACAGUAACACACUACACCCCUCUCCACACACCCACACUACACUCCCACACACAAACUACGGUCCCUAUUCUCUAGUACAGACCCUAUCCCUGCAAACCCCUGGUAAGUUGUCAAACCUUUCUUAAACCGUUCGACCACUUACUCUGGGAGGGCACCACGGCACACCUGGCACCAUAACCACUAUAGAGAGUUAUAGUGGUUUUGUGCCUAGAUUGUUCCUUUACAUAAUCUACCAAUGCCCCUCCCGAGAUUAGGUUCUGGAUCCGCCCCUGCUAGAACCUUGCCAGGUACUCUAUCCACAUAUACAUGUAGCUAUAACAAAAAGAAACUAAACUGGGUAAAAAAAGAUAAAUAUAUAAAAAUGUUUGUUCUUUCUGCAUUGUCCAUGUAAGUGACCCUUUGCUCUUCUUUCUUGUUAUUAGAUGCCCACAAAUGCCAGGAGGAAAUCUACAAAAUACUGCUUGUUUAUGUUGACUAUCCAGGCAUUGAUCCAAUAGUAAGAUUUUUUUUCUGAUAUAUUUUCCUUCGCAACUCUAUUUCUAAAAUAAUAUAAAUGAGUAAGCCAAAGACACACCCGUGGAACAAAUUUACAGCUUGUCUGAUAUCCUCUUUCCUUGUUAAGUAAACAAAUCAUUUAUACAGUGGCAAAAAAAUUACAUCAUUAUUAUUAUUAUUUAUAUAGCGCCAUCAGAUUCCGUAGCGCUGUACAAUAGGUGGACUAACAGACAUGUAAUUGUAACCAGACAACUGGACGUACAGGAACAGAGAGGUGGAGGACCCUGCUCAAUGAGCUUACAUUCUAGAACAUUCUAGAGGAUAGACUCCAUGUGCAUUUCCAGAGCAGCAUCCUUUGUCAUAGACUAAACUAACACAUUUACUAUAUUGAUAUGGAUGUCUGUGAUUUUCUUUUUCAGAUUACAAAUUCUAAGCGCUUAGAGGCACCAGCAUGGUAUCUCUAGUGUUCACUUCUUUGGGGGAGGGGGAACAAAAUAGGAUGGUUUUAACUGUUUUUAUUACACCAUUCUUGAAUAUUACAGAAUUAACAGAGUUAUUCACGAACUUGGGAAUUGAAAGGGAAUUUCAAAGUUAAGGCCAGAGUAGUCAAACGGAAGCACAGCUGACUUAGAGAACUUUUCGACUUCUGCUAUUGUGACCUGAUACUUGAAAUGAAUUUUGAAUUCUUACCUUAGUGAGUAACCCUGUAAGAUAUCACUAGCCAGUUUGGAAACAUCCUCUAUGUCUGCUACCAUCACAGCUGUUCAGAUUUAAAUGCACUGCAGUUUGAUAUAUCGUAAUUAAACCCCCAUUUUGUUGCUUGUUGUUCGAUUUCUCACUCCGUUUAAUAUAAUCCAUUAGUGGUUUGUGGAAACCAACAAAACAAGGCGUUCUUUACUGCAGUAAUUUGUGUAGAAGAGCAGAGUAAAUUCUGGUCUAUUUGCUGAACUAGCCAUCAAAACAUUAAGUUGACACCAGAGCGGUAAGCUACUCAAAAAUGUCAGUACGGACAAAAUUCCAUGCAAAUGACUAAACUCCAACCAGGUUGGCAAUUCUCAUAUGUAUUAAAGUCAAGGCCGGUCAAAAUGCAAUAAUUCCCUCUGAAUCUACACUAUCCAACCGAAUGCAGUUGAUGUCCAUUUAAAAAAAAAAAAAAAGCUCUGAUGUAGCACUGAUUUUUAAAGAAGUUUUGGGCCAAAUAUUUCUGGUAGGUUUUCCAUUUUGUCAACAUAUUUCACUUGCAUUUAAAUAUCUGGAGUAUUUGACUGCUUGCAGCUGGCAGGAAAAUAGUUAAAGGGAACCUCUCACGCCCAACAACUUAUGAUCAUCAGAGUGAGCAUAGGAUUCUAUAUCUAUAUUGUGCUUGCAAAUUUACAUAUUAGGAGAAAAAUCCAUUUUAAAAUGGAUUUUUCUCCCAGCUGUCAGUCAAUGCCUUUGCAUUGACUGACAAGGGAGACCAGAAAGACCUCCCAGAGGAGAUCCCUCUGCUCUUCACCCAUAGCAACCAUAGCACAUACACGGUGGUUGCUAUGGUAACACCCUUGCCAGGUGCUUCCUAGGGAGGAUAGGAAUAGAUUGACUUGACGUCACUCUGUUCAGACGCAAGCACGCUGGCGAACAUCACUGAGGAGGUUUGCCCUGCGUUGGGUAUGCGUCCACAAGCAGGGCAAAUCGGAGAAGACAGCAGGCGGUACGGAGGAUGGCCGGAGGUGGGUGUUACACGAAGAGUAACACACACAAAGUGGUGCUGGAACGAGGAAAGUUGAAUAAAGCAAUAUAUUUUACAUUGAAUACACCAUGUAUCUUUGUGAUAUAUGGUGUAUUCAAUGUAUAAAGGAGCAAUUGUAGGAAUUAAAGGAAAAACUGAUAUGUCUUGUAAAUAUCCUAUUGCAGUGGGCAACCUAAAAUAUGUCAUCUACUUAAAGUAACAAUGUUUCCUUCACAUGACACUUUAAUGUAUAGUAGCAAAGCCUACUCCUUUGUAUGUGCGUUGGGGACUUUCUAAACCAGGGGUGCACAAAAGGUAAAUCCCCAGAUGUUGUAGAACUACAACUCCCAUGAUGCUUUGCGUGCCUUUGGAACGCCAAAGCAUCAGGGAAGCUGUAGUUUUAAAACAUCUGGGGGAUCUACCUUUUGGGCUCCACUGUUCUAAAUCAUGUUUUUUGCUGCUUAGGUUCUAAAAAAGACUUUAAAUACUUCAGCGUCAUGGCUGUGGGCGUCUUCCGUGUCUAAAAACAAAGACUCCUGGCCGCAAUCCAUUAUUUUUCUAAAAGGUAGGAUGUUCCUUUGCAUGUGUAAAAUUUGGCUUAUUUUUAAUUUUUUUGCACUACCUUAAUCCCUUCUUUAUUUUAUUACAUGCUGUUUCGCUUAGUCUAUAACAGUGGUAGUCAACCUGGUAACUACCGCCCACUAGUGCGCGAUUCAAGCUUUCAUGGUGGGCGGUGGUGUGUUUUAUCAGCAAACCCUCGGUUCUCCAGCACAUCCACAUGCUCCGCACAAGCGCAUGUCCCCUUCCAGCCAUUGAGAGAAACCUCACAAAAAAACGCCUUUCAAGCUCUGUUUGCUUAACAUGCAACCAUGCUGGAAAACUGAAAGCAGUGGACCAGAAGUGAAGAAAUCACAACUUACCAUAACUCAGUGGAGGGCAGAAUGUGGCUCUCAAAGUCUUGUUUUGUUUCAUUAUAUGAUAGUGUCAGACAGUUUUUUGAUAGUAAUAAUGAGGCUGGUCUCUACGUACAAUUAAAAUCCAUAAAGAAUGAUGCCUUUUAUCUGGCAGAUAUUUUCAAGAAAUUUUAUUUAUUUAUUUUAAUUGUUUUUUAUUGAGUUUUCAGUUUUUUUCAAAGAUAGAAUGGAGAAUGUAGAGGAGAGACACGCAAGCCUCAAGUUGUAAAAUAGUGAUAAGUCAUAAGGUAAAAGAAAAGAUUAAGCAAUGCAUACAAGUAAUACAGGGGCGCAUUUUCAAGAGAUUUAAUUAAAUUAAUGUGCACCUUCAAGGAGCUAAUAUAACUCUUCUAUAAGUUGCAAAUAUUUUGUCAUUAUUUAUUCUUCAAUUUAAGCAGCUCCCGCGUUGUUAGGCGCAGCAUCGAUUGAGAUGUGAAAAUUCAAUAAAUUGUACUUACAUGUAUUAACAUGCAUAAAGUAAAAAAAAAAGAAAAAUCAAGUGAAGUACAUAGUUUUUUAAAAUGCCCUCCGUUCGAAAACAUUUUUUCGCACUUGAGCAAAACAAACCAUUAAGUUACUGCUGCACUAGCAGGCAGUAAGGAAAUGUUAAAAUCAACAAAAAUACGUAGGUAUUAAAAGAUUGAUUACCCCUGGUCUAUAAGGUAGAAAUGCUACUGUGUUCCUGGCACUAUUGCUCCCCCUGCCGUGCGUGCAUUAGACCUCCCCAUAGGAAAACAUUGAAUUAUUGCUAUCCUGGGUGUCCAGAACGUGCAGCGUCCGAUACCGGACCAAAUAUCCAUUUCGAUUCAGGAAGCCCUCUAGUGGCUGUUUACCAGACAGCCACUAGAGGAUGACUUAGUGAUGCUAUGUAAACAUUGCAAUUUCUCUGGAAUGUUUUACAUUGCAGUACUAGGUGCAAAAGGGACACUGCACCCAGGCCACUUCAAUGAGCUGACAGUGUCCCUUUAAGAUAAACUGGGGCGGGGAGCCAGGAGAAAAUUCCAAAGCAUUAACAAUUUCUCUAAAGAAGCUAUCCAAUAAUGGAACUUUGAUUUGCUACUGUGGCAAAAUUACAAUUACUAUUGUAACAACCUUAAAUAUUUAGGUUCAAAGCGCAUUUAAAAUUUUAGGCCAAAAUAAUUGGCAUUGUUUUAUGACAGUUAUAUUUCCCCUUCUGCUUUUUUUUGUGCUUAGACCGUCACCUAAACUUAAAAAUUCACUUUGAAUUCCCAGCAAAUUCACACUUUAGCGAGCAACUCUGAUAUAAAAAUGUAAUUUAUUACAUCAGAUAUACCACAACUGUUGUUUAGUUGUGGCUUUGAGUUCAUACAACUAAAAUUAUCUAUCGGUUUUCAUAAUAUUUUUAUUACGGAAAAUGUUAUAAUAAUUUACGGUGCAUACAACUACCCCAUGCCAUAAAACUUAGUUGCAAACAUUUCUACAUAAGUUGUUUGUUUAUUUUUAUUUUUUAUUUAUUUUUUUUAUUUCAGACUUGUACCUGCCCUGCAUACGUUUUAUAUUACUUGUGUGAAACGGGCUUCGGUGCAAUGUCAUCAUCAAUAUAUUGCUGCUUUGUUAAUCUACCCAUCUCCCCACCCGGGUCUCCACCCUAUCCACCCUACAUGUUUAUUUUUACACGCUGUAACAGACUUUUGGUUAACUUUGUUUUAAUUGCACGUGGGAGUUGGGGUGGUGUGUGUCAUUUGCAUUGUAUUCCUAGUACUUUACAAUUCUGUGACAGCGCAGCUGUUUUAAUAUUGCAUAGCAUAGUUGUUAUAUAGUUUUUAUAAAAUUACAGCUAUUUUUGUUUCUUCUCUUUUGAGUAAUCUGAGUAGUGACCUCAUCAUAUGACUGCAGUAAAUGUUCUCUUAAAAGAUUUGUCUUGUGGCAAAUUAUUUUUAAUUUUUUUUCCACAGAUCUGUUACCAUUGUUAUUGAAACGUCUCUGCAAUACACACUGGGAGCAUCGUCAAAACACACUAGAUUACAUCAGUGAUCUCCUAAAUUGCUAUACAGGUAGCUCAUAGUAAAAAAAAUAAAUAAUAAAAAUAAAAAUGAAAAAUUAUAAAAAAAGUCACUUUGCAUUACUGUCUGGUUCAUAUACUAGUCAUACUGGCAUAAAACUGUAAGCGCCUGUUUAUUCUUCGUAGGCUGCAAACCUGGGUCCUAUUUGACCCAUCCAGGUAAAUCUGAUUCCUUCAUUAAAGAACCACUAUAGGCACCCAGACCACUUCAGCUUAAUGAAGUGGUCUGGGUGCCAGGUCCAGCUAGGAUUAACCUUUUUUCUAUAAACAUAGCAGUUUCAGAAAAACUGCUAUGUUUAUAAUAGGGUUAAUCCAGCCUCUAGUGACUGUCUCAUUGACAGCCGCUAGAGGCGCUUGCGUACUUCUCACUGUGAUUUUCACAGUGAUUUUCACAGUGAGAAGACUCCAGCGUCCAUAGGAAAGCAUUGUGAAUGCUUUCCUAUGGACUGGCUGAAUGCGCGCGCGGCUCCUGCCACGCAUGCGCAUUCAGCCGAGGAGGCGGGGAGGAGGAGAGUGCCCCGCCCGGCGCUGGAGAAAGAGGUAAGUUUAACCCCUUCCACCCUCUAGAGCCCGGCGGGAGGGGGACCCUGAGGGUGGUGGCACCCUCAGGGCACUAUAGUGCCAGGAAAACGAGUAUGUUUUCCUUGCACUAUAGUGGUCCUUUAAAGUCUACGUAUGACUCCAGUACAUAGGGAAUUCUGGAAUAUAUUUAUUUAAUGUUGAACAGCUAAUACAUUUCUGUUGUUCUGUAAACACAUUGACUGAUCACGCUGAUGCUCAGAAUGAAAAGGGCAAUAGAUGAGUUCAGUGUGGUGGAUAGGCAAUAUUACCUCUGGUAUGCUAAAAUGAUACAAACUGAACAGUUUGUAACCUAUGAAAUCUAAAUUAAAGCAAGACAAAAUCCCUUCUGAUCUUGCAAAUCAGGCCUUUUCAAUAGUUUUAACACUUUUCUACCACUCAUAUCUUCUAAGCAAAUAAGAUUUACUAAAUGGAUAUUCUUGUACUUGUAUAGGACGAGAAGGCUUCAAACUGUCUCUUUGCGCAUCUGGCAUUCCUCAUAGGGCCGUAGAUCUGCUUAAAGACCCGGUGAGUGCGGUUCGAGCGGGUGCUGUGCAGUGCUUGUCAAGGCUAGUUAAUAUUGUUGACCUGCACGUAAGACUGGCCAAAAACGCUAUGUCUAUGACCGCAAUGAAAAAAAAGGUGAGUGAUAAAUACCAAUACAUUUAUGAAUACAUAGUUAAAGAAAUAUUGGUUUUAUAGUAAAAUAUAUCUUGUUUUCUUGUUAUGAAAAAAAAAAAAAAAUUUUUAAAAGGGCAUUUUCACCUGCAAAACAAAGUUCUUGUUUGGAAGCUUCUAGAAAUCUCACACCAGCUAGUCACUAAUAUAAUCCCAAAGCCCUACUUUACCACAUCUCUGGUGAAUUCAAGUAAGCGAACAAAUCUGAUGUAUGGAUGGUUCCAUGAGGCUGCACAACCUAGCACAGAUCUUCCUGCUCCUCCAAUAAGAUACCAUUAAUAUGAUGAGAAAUGGUCAUUUGAUGUACAUCUUUUUGCUGCACUUUGGUCAGAAGCACAGUUUUUCUGACCCUAAAAACCAUGCUGGUACUCAUAAACUAGUGUAUUUACGAAUCUUGCAUCAUGUGCCAGCAUUGAGCAUAUAACAAAAUGCAAUCUGACACCCUUUCAUAUUUUCACAUUGUGCACAGUCUUAGCAGAUAGGAGCCAACCAAUAAUGCGGGAUUCCCUUAAAUACACACAAGAAAGGACGAAGUAAAAAAAAAAGCCUGUACCAGAGCCAUUUGUGGCGUUGACCCACAGGAUGGUAGUAUUCACAUCUUGAGCUCCUUUUCAGAUCGCUGGCAACAUGUUGCUUGCGUGGCAAGCACAAAAUAAUUGCUUUGUUUUCCAACACAAAAUUCACAUAUCUUGAUCCAGUUUAUUCCUUCUAAACUGCUAUUUCUGGUUUCACUUAAUGAUUGUGUUUUAACCUAAAUAUCCGAUUGGUGAUCAUUACCAAUUUAGUAAAAAUGUUUAAUUUUGCACCCGACUAAAUAACUAUACUUUGUGCAAGUGUACCUAGAAUAAUUUUCUGCUGUUUUGCAGGCAGAGGGUCGUCACAACAAAUAUUGAUUGGAUUUAAAUAUUUCUGUGAACGCACUGCAUUGUUAAUUACUAAAAAAUAAACUAUUAACACAUUUGUAUUUUCAACACUAUAGUUUUCCUUUAAUUUCUUUAGAAACCUUUUUUAAUUUUUCAUCUUUGUUCCUCUGUAAUUAUCUGCAACCUUUCCUAACUGUUUGCUUUUUCUGUUUUGCUUUUCCACCAAAUAUCUGAACAGGUUAUUGUCCCAAACUUCAUGCAUAUUUUAUCUGAAGACCAAGAUCCUUCGCCCAGAAGGGCCGUCAUAAAGGUGUUUGUGGAUUGGCUGAUACUAGGUCAUAUCCAAAAUUUUCACGAACCAGAAUCGCUCCUUUAUAGAAUUCUAGAUGUGGCAAAGAAAGACUCUGACUGUGAGGUGAAAUCUAAUGCUCUAGAACUGGCUAGAUUAUUUGUGGAUCAAACAUUUAACGUAUGUGUCGCCAAUAGCAGUCCGUACAAUGCAGAAUUACCUUCCAACACUAGUAAGGUCAGAAUAGUGGGAGCGUUGCAAAAAUUAAAUAAAGUGGGGAUUUUUACGUAUUUGUUGGAUGCCCUUUGUGACCGUGAUAAGACAGUGGCCUUGGGUGCCUGUAAAAUCCUCAUAUCCUUGAAGUCAAAACUGAGUGGCGGAGAAGAAACCGUUAAUGCAGAACUCUAUGGCUUGGAACGGCUAAAAGAUGUAUUGAAGAACUGGCUCCUCAAACUCCACCGUGGAUAAAGUAUAAGUAAUGCAUUACACAAAAAAUUGGCAAGUGGCGAUGUGCACAGAAUGUAUAUGGUUAGCAUAGAUGGUUCUCUAACAAUGCCUAGUAACUCUAAGCACCAGUCCCCUUACUGUUGGAUAGCCGGGCUGGAUUGUGGGAUGGUGAUAAGAAAGAUGUUGACUGUUACUGUUUGGAAGUGCUACUUUUGAAAACCAUUAAUCUUUGAGUAUCUGUACUGGAAGAUAUAGUAUCCUUUCCCUGGUUGGGUAUUUGAGAGGCAUGGAGCUUAACAUAACAAUUUUUUUUUAUAUGAAUUGACAGUUAAGUUUCAGUCCUCCUGUGUAAUGUAUUUGUGAUGCUAAAAUUAAGUUCAGUCUUAUAUCAUGCUAGCUAAUUUUCUUGCGGCUGUGCAGGUGACCUAUUCUGUGUUUAUAUACAUUGGUACAUUGCUGAAAGACAAAUAUGGCCACCUAAAAAGAUGUGUCAUCGUCUGUCUUCUCUAUAAUCGUAAAUGAGCCUUUCCCACAAUCCUUCAUGUGUGUAUGCUGAUUAGGAUAUGUGGGAUGCCAUUUGGUAGCAAUCUUGGAGGAGGCAAAAGCAUUUUUAUUGUACAAACUCAAUUUUGUAACUUUAAUAUGUAGCCAAUGCAGCUGUUUUCUAGUACACACCUUGUCACUUGGGGAAAGAAAAGGGUCUAGUUUUUUUUUUUUUUAAUAAUCUAUACAAUAGACAUUAAAAAUAAGUAUCAGUAAUACUCUGAUAUAUAUUUGUCAGCGGGUGAAUUGGUUUUCUUUAUUCUUGUACUAAGUUUAUACUUACUCAGGUAAGUUGAUAGUAACCCCAAAUAAAAUUACAAAAAAAUCAAAAUCUGUAUUAAAUAUGUUAAAAAAACAAAACAAAAAACUUGUUGUAUACUUGUGGUGAAAAUGUUUGCAAAACUAUUUGAAAUAUUUUCGUUUUAUAUCCUUUGGAAUUGCAAUAAAGUUAAUUUGCGACCCCCCUCUCCCCCUUCCUCUGUUUUACAUGCUGUGUGCAAUCACGUUCAACCACAUCACUCCUUUCCUGCUGUUCCAAAUGGAGAUAUAAACCCUAAACUGUAAGUGAUAUUUAAUUCUGACACAAAAUGACUAUCAGACAUUGCCUUCGAUCAAUAAAGUGUGUGUGUAUACCCUAUAUGGACAAAAGACACCUUAGCAUUACACCACCAGGGACUUUUAUGACAUUGCAUUCUAAAUAUAGUCAUUAAUAUUUAGUUUGUCCAAUCCUUCCCCUUUGCAGCUCUACCAGCUUCCACUUUUCUGGGGAGGCUUCCUACAAGAGUGGGAGUGUAUCUGUGGGAGUUUUGCCCAUUUAUAGUAGGGCAUUCGUGAAGUUAAACACUGAUGUUGGACGAGAAGGCUUGGCUCGCAAUCUCUCUUGCAGAUCAUCACAAAGUUGUUCGAUGGGGUUGAGGUGAGGGCUCUGUGUGGGCUAGUCACGUUCUUCCAAAUAAACUCAUUCACCCAUGUGUUUAUGGACCUUGAUUUGUGCACUGGGGCACAGUCAUGCUGGACUAGAAAAGGGCCUUCCCCAAACCGUUCCCAGAAAGGUAAAAGCAUAGCAUUGUCCAAAAUGUCUUGGUAUGCUGAAUCAUUAAGAUUUCCCUUCACUGGCCAACUCCUGAAAAAAGCCCUAUACUAUUAUCUCUCUGUAACAGAUUCCCCUGUUGUUGGAUCUGUAAUUGUGUGAACAAGCUGUUCGUAUAAAAUCAUUCGGCUAAUUAACUGUAUUGUAUGUUAUAGUAAGGGCCGUUCGAAUCACAAAUUUUAUACCAAACGACUGACCAGCCAGAACAGAAGUGUGGCACUCAUUAACCUCCCUGACUUCAAUAAUACCUUGAAAAUCACGAACACCCAAUCGGUUUACUUGCUAUACAGGGUGGUCGACGUUCAUCUGCACAAACACGGUGGCAGCCAUUUUGUUUAGUCAAACGCACUCAGUGGUGUUUGGUCGUCGAACGCGUGGAACUAUUUUCGGCUACUUUUUUUCCACGAACACUGCUGAAACUUCCAUCUUCUGUGCGUUCAGCUAAACUCAUGCGAACAGAGCGCUCUUUCUCCAGAAUAAACUUACGAACAAGCUGCAUCUAAAGAGAGUAAGCAUGAACCGAUCCGUUGUGCAAUUUGAACUUUAUCCGAAUGGAAAGAUAGACUGACCGCACAGCCUGCAUCUGUGGAACUGUUUUGGGCAUGCAAACAGGCGUGCGGUCGGUCCAAAGAGCCUUUCGACUAUCUCCUGAACCCCUGAACGGAUUUACGUGAAUUUUGGAUAUGUUUUUCUCCAAGUUUUGCUGUUUAUAAAAAUAUAAGUUGUAUUCAUAUUGUAUGUAAAAUCGUGGAGUUAUAAAAAUGUAUGAAAAGUAUGAUUUUGCAGCUUGGAGAUAAUUGAGUAGAUACAGUAAGUAACUAAAUUAUCUCCCAAGCAGAGGGGAGGGAAUAUGUGGGUUGUAACCAUUGUUUGAUUUGGCUAAUGUAUAAUUGUCUAUGGGUGUCUCCCUUGCAUGGGAGAACUGCGUAAAAGAGAGUACUUGCCAUUAAACGUUCAGUUCUUCUUCACCCUCAA